AAACUCAUGAUCUGAAACAGGAUCAUCAACUCCUGUCUCAAAUGGCACCCGGGAACCUGUCCUUCUCACUUGUCUUCUUUUUUACCUUGUUUUCCUUGGUUACAGGACAUGAAGGGGGUGGGGAUUCAGGGAAGUACCCAAUAGUGGUGAGCACAUGGCCUUUCCUGGAGGCUGUGAGAGCUGCGUGGGAAGCAGUUGAUAAGGGGUUCAAUGCUGUUGAUGCUGUGGUAGAGGGUUGUUCUGCUUGCGAGGAAUUGAGGUGUGAUGGUACAGUGGGCCCUGGUGGAAGUCCGGAUGAGAAUGGAGAAACUACAAUUGAUGCCUUGCUUAUGAAUGGGGCCACAAUGGAGGUUGGAGCUGUUGCUGCUAUGAGGUAUGUGAAAGACGGCAUCAAAGCUGCAAGAUUAGUCAUGCAACAUACCAAACACACAAUGCUUGUUGGUGAUAGAGCUUCUGCCUUUGCCAUUUCAAUGGGUCUUCCUGGACCCACAAACCUAAGUUCAUCAGAGUCUAUGGAGAAAUGGACAAGAUGGAAAGAAAAUCACUGUCAACCUAAUUUUUGGAAAAAUGUUGCACCUGUUGAUAGUUGUGGCCCUUAUCAGCCAAAGGAUAACAUGGGGCUUAACAAAGGGAUUUGUUCUGAAGCCAAUUCAAUGGGGAUUAUUGAAUCCCGGACAUCUCUUGUUGGUCCUCAUAACCAUGACACCAUAUCAAUGGUUGUUAUAGAUAAAAUGGGACAUGUGGCUGUUGGUACAUCAACAAAUGGUGCAACCUUUAAGAUCCCCGGCAGGGUGGGUGAUGGACCUAUUGCUGGAUCUUCUGCGUAUGCUGACGAUGAAGUUGGUGCUUGUGGUGCAACUGGAGAUGGUGACAUCAUGAUGCGCUUCCUUCCAUGUUAUCAAGUUGUGGAGAGCAUGAGACAAGGAAUGGAACCCAAGCUUGCGGCGAAGGAUGCAAUAGCACGAAUUGCAAGAAAAUAUCCAGAUUUUAUGGGAGCUGUUUUUGCUAUCAGUAAGAAUGGUGUGCAUGCUGGUGCUUGUCAUGGUUGGACAUUUCAAUACUCGGUCAGAAGCCCAGAUACGGACGAUGUAAAAGUUUUCAUGGUGCUGCCCUGAAAUUGCUUCUGCCUCUGAACUAGGAAAAGUGGCAUAACAUGCGUCUUUUCUCCGAUAUCACUAUAAAUGUUCAACAAUCUAUUGUUUUAUAUUACCGAUGAACAUUCGUGCAGAGUAUAUAUCUCCUUACGGUUUGGUGGCUGAUGUACACCUCUCAGGUGGUUUCAUGCAUCUUUUAUUAAUUAAAGACUGUUCUUCAUUCAUUA